CGCCGCCGCCGCCACCGCAUCCUCGGGACCCAAAGCUGCUUCGGGAGGAGCAGCAGGUGCCACCAUGCCUCUGAGGAAGUACCUGCUGAAAGGCCUGCACCGGCUGAAGAAGGGCCCAGGCUACACGUACAAGGAGUUGCUGGUGUGGUAUUGCAACAACACCAACACACAUGGCCCCAAGCGCAUCAUCUGUGAGGGGCCCAAGAAGAAGGCCAUGUGGUUCCUGCUCACGCUGCUCUUUGCCUGCCUGGUGUGCUGGCAGUGGGGCAUCUUCAUCCAGACCUACCUGAGCUGGGAGGUCAGCGUCUCACUCUCCAUGGGCUUCAAGACCAUGACCUUCCCAGCCAUCACCGUCUGCAAUUCCAGCCCCUUCCAGUAUUCCAAGGUCAAGCAUUUACUAAAGGACCUAGAUGAGUUGAUGGAAGCCGUUCUGGAAAAGAUUCUGGCUCCAGAACUCAGCCACACCAACACUACCAGGACCCUGAACCUCGCCAUCUGGAAUCACACACCCCUGGUUCUUAUUGAUGAGCGGAACCCUGACCACCCUGUGGUUCUCGACUUGUUUGGGAACAACCACAAUGGCAGCAGCCCAGACCCAGGAAGCACCUGCAACACUCAGGGGUGCAAGGUGGCCAUGAGGCUAUGCAGCAUCAAUGGAACUGUGUGCACCUUUCGAAACUUUACCAGUGCCACCCAGGCUGUGACCGAGUGGUACAUCCUGCAGGCCACCAACAUCUUCUCACAAGUGCAGCGCCACGACCUGGUGGAAAUGGGCUAUGCCCCUGAAAGCAUGAUCCUGGCCUGCCUGUUUGGGACGGAGCCCUGUAGCCAUCGGAACUUCACGCCCAUCUUCUACCCUGAUUAUGGCAACUGCUACAUUUUCAACUGGGGCAUGACAGAGAAGGCACUUCCUUCGGCCAACCCUGGGGCUGAAUUCGGUUUAAAGUUGAUCCUGGAUAUUGGCCAGGAGGACUACGUCCCCUUCCUGGCAUCCACAGCAGGGGCCAGGCUGAUGCUCCAUGACCAGAGGACAUACCCCUUCAUCCGAGAAGAGGGCAUCUAUGCCAUGACAGGAACGGAGACAUCCAUCGGGGUGCUAGUGGACAAGCUGCAGCGCAAGGGGAAGCCCUACAGCCCGUGUACCAUGAACGGUUCUGAUGUGGCCAUUCAAAACCUCUACAGCAACUACACCACCACCUACUCCAUCCAGGCCUGUCUUCAUUCCUGCUUCCAAGACCACAUGAUCCGUAACUGUAACUGUGGUCACUACUUGUACCCACUGCCCCCAGGGGAAAAAUACUGCAACAACCAGGACUUCCCAGACUGGGCCUAUUGCUACCUAAGCCUGCAGAUGAGUGUAGUCCAGAGAGAGACGUGCCUCAGCAUGUGCAAGGAGUCCUGCAAUGAUACCCAGUACAAAAUGACCAUCUCCAUGGCUGACUGGCCUUCUGAAGCCUCUGAGGACUGGAUUUUCCACGUCUUGUCUCAGGAGCGGGACCAGAGCACCAAUAUCACCCUGAGCAGGAAGGGCGUUGUCAAGCUCAACAUCUACUUUCAAGAAUUCAACUACCGUACCAUUGAGGAAUCUCCUGCCAACAAUAUCGUCUGGCUGCUGUCUAAUCUGGGAGGUCAGUUUGGCUUCUGGAUGGGGGGCUCGGUGUUGUGCCUCAUUGAGUUUGGAGAGAUUAUCAUCGACUUCAUUUGGAUCACCAUCAUCAAGCUGGUGUCCUCCUGCAAAGGCCUGCGCAGAAGACGAGCCCAGACAUCCUAUGCUGGCCCACCACCUACUGUGGCCGAGCUAGUGGAGGCCCACACUAACUUUGGCUUCCAGCCUGACACCACCAACCACAGCUCCCAUGCCGAGGUUUACCCUGACCAGCAGUCUCUGCCCAUUCCAGGCACGCCACCCCCCAACUAUGACUCCCUGCGGCUCCAUCCACUGGACACCAUGGAGUCAGAGAAUGAAGGUGAUGCCAUCUAGACUCCACCUCACUCAGCAGAUGGCAAACUUGAAGCUUAAAAGCUACAACCAUUGCCAGUGCCUCAUUUUAUGACAUCUUGUCCAAAGAGCCAGAAUCACAAAUGUCCAAGCCAGAGCUCAUAUCCCUCUACAGAAAGCCAGCUGGUCAGUCCCAGACUGAAGGCUGGGUAGGCCAAGAUGCUGGUGCCAGAAUACAGCAACUCCAUCACCUGGUUCCUCCACAUACCUUCCACUCUUUGCCCUGUAUUCUUUUGGCCUCACAUGUCCUUAGCUUCCAGAGACCCCUUAGGCCCCCCUCUUGAUGGCAGCAGCCAGUCACCAUUUGCCCUAGAAAUGGACACACUGUGCUUUUGUUCCACCAGAAUCAGUGACCUGUCCCUGGUUGGCCUUGGCUGGCCUCUCAACAAGCUUGGGGGCCAGUGUGCUGGAAAACAGAGGGAACAUUGGGUAUGGAGGCCUGCCGGGCGGGGGGGGUGGUACAUGCCUUGUUACAGAAAAAAAAAAAAAAAAAAA